AGAAAGACGAGACCGCCGUAAUCACUUUCGCUGAUCUCCGCUCCUCACCACGUGUACGCUUUUCCCUCUAUAAAUUCCUCCUCCCCUUCCCAUUUCUUUCGUCUUUGCUCCCCUCACUGUCUAAACGCAGCUUCUCUAAUUUCUCAUCUUUUUUUCUCCCGAUUGCUAUGGCAACCAAAAGGAGCGUCGGUACUCUGAAGGAGGCUGAUUUGAAGGGAAAGAGAGUGUUUGUAAGGGUCGAUCUCAACGUUCCUUUGGAUGACAACUUCAACAUCACCGAUGACACCAGAAUCCGUGCCGCUGUUCCUACCAUUCAGUAUUUGCUUGGCCAUGGCGCCAGAGUUAUCCUUUCCACCCACUUGGGACGACCAAAGGGUGUUACACCGAAAUACAGUUUGAAGCCUCUUAUUCCCAGGCUUUCCGAGCUACUUGGACUUCAGGUGAUAAUGGCUAAUGAUUGUAUUGGCGAGGAAGUUGAGAAGUUGGUCGCUGAAUUGUCUGAGGGAGGUGUAUUGCUGCUUGAAAACGUGAGGUUUUACAAGGAGGAAGAGAAGAAUGACCCUGAGUUUGCCAAGAAGUUGGCUUCACUCGCGGAUCUUUAUGUUAAUGAUGCCUUCGGAACUGCUCACAGGGCUCACGCUUCCACGGAGGGUGUGGCUAAGUAUUUGAAACCUUCUGUUGCUGGGUUCCUUAUGCAGAAGGAACUUGACUACCUGGUUGGGGCUGUGUCUAAUCCCAAGAGGCCAUUUGCCGCCAUUGUUGGUGGUUCAAAGGUGUCAUCAAAGAUUGGAGUGAUUGAAUCCUUGUUGGAGAAGGUUAACCUUCUUUUCCUGGGUGGAGGAAUGAUCUUCACCUUCUACAAGGCACAAGGUCACUCAGUGGGUUCAUCCCUUGUGGAGGAAGACAAGCUUGACCUCGCUACCUCAAUCAUUGAGAAGGCAAAAGCUAAAGGAGUUUCUCUCUUGCUUCCAACUGAUGUAGUGAUAGCUGAUAAAUUUGCUGCUGAUGCAAACAGCAAGGUUGUGGCAGCAUCAGCUAUCCCGGAUGGAUGGAUGGGGUUGGAUAUUGGACCUGAUUCUAUCAAGAGUUUCAGUGAAGCUUUGGAUUCUACCCAAACCGUUAUUUGGAAUGGACCUAUGGGAGUGUUUGAGUUUGACAAGUUUGCAGCUGGAACAGAGGCUAUUGCGAGGAAGUUGGCAGAGCUGAGUGGGAAGGGAGUGACCACCAUAAUUGGAGGAGGUGACUCUGUUGCGGCUGUUGAGAAAGUUGGGCUUGCAGAUAAGAUGAGCCACAUCUCCACUGGUGGUGGUGCCAGCUUAGAGCUUCUUGAAGGAAAACCGCUUCCGGGUGUUCUUGCCCUCGACGAUGCUUGAGCUUGAGGGACCUCCACUUUCUUGGCGUGUUUUCCUUGUGUUGCAUUGUGAAGGUCGUUCAACCUAAUGAGGAUUCCUUUUUUUCUUUGAGAAGAGGUUGUAGUUAUAUGAUAGAUUUCGAAUAAACUGUCAAGUUCUCCUCUGAACAUAUAUAUAUAUAUGGUCCACCGUCUUAGACCAUUAUUUUCUUUUCAUCCAUUUAAAAUGUUAAACGAUGCUGAUGUCUGAGAUGCAUUCAGGCUGUUUUACCAGUAAUGAAUCGCCUUUGUUCAC